CACACACACACACAUCCACACUCAAACACACACCCAUAUUCCGAGUCAGUGGAUCUAGAUUCUCUCUCUCUGCCUGUCUUCCUGAGUUUCUGUUGGAAGAUGCUCUGCUGGGAGUUGUGUCUGACCCUGCUCCUCUGGGCUCGUCCUGCGAGGACCAUCCCUUCCACCAACGUCAAGAUCACACACGCCUUCCCCCUCCAGUUGCCAGAACCAGGCCUUCCCGUCACCUGUCCAUUGUUCUGGACUGAGUUCGAAGGUCACUGCUACCGUUUCUUCCCUCUGAACCGUACCUGGGCCGAGGCUGACCUGUACUGUGCUGAAUUCUCCAACGGUCUCAAGUCUGCCAAACUCACCUCCGUACACAGCUGGGAGGAGAAUGUGUUCGUCUACGAUCUGGUCAACAGCCGUAUCCCAGGCAUACCAACAGACAUAUGGAUCGGCCUUCACGACAGGAGACAGGAGGGCACUCUGGAGUGGACCGACGGCAGUAACUAUGGAUACAGCUACUGGGAUGGCAACCAGCCUGACGACGGCAUACACCGCAUCCCCGAAGAGGAAGACUGUGUCGAGAUCUGGUACAGGCAGAACAGCGCACUGAGGUCCUGGAAUGAUAACAGCUGUGACAAAGCCUUUCCCUUCGUGUGCAAGAUCCCCACAGUGGACAACUAGGCCUCUGGGGUCCAACACACACACACUGACACACACACACACACACA